AUGACACAAUCCAACGGCACAGUGACCAACGGUCAAACAAUUGACGUGGAAAAGCUUGCCGUCUCCCCCAAUUCCCCCCAGAAGAUCGCGGAUUUGCUUCAGCAGAUUGCCUCUUACGGCAAUGAAUUGGGCAAUGACCCCCAAGCCCGGUUCAACUUGCUCGAAGCCUCUCGAGCGCUGACUUAUGCGUUGGAGACACCACGCGAAGCGAUUCUGAGACACUGCUGGUCAGAGUCUACGACCUACGCAGCGAUCCACACCGGCGUCGACCUGGGUCUCUUUAAUGUUCUGUCUAAGGAUGACAAGCCAAAGACAGUUAAGGAACUCGCAGAGUCUACGAGCGCCGAUCCGGUCCUGCUCGCUCGUAUCAUGAAGCAUCUUGCUGCCAUGGGAGCGGUUGAGGAGACCGGCGCCGAUGAAUACUCUCCCAGUGGAUUCUCACGGGUGCUGGCCAUUGAGCGAUACAACGAUGCUUUUCCACUCAUGACUGGUCGUUUCACCAGGGGCAUCCUCGCUCUCCCGGAAUUCUUGAAAAAGAACGGGUAUCGCAAUCCCACCAACCCCACCGAUACUGCCUUCCAGCUGGGAUACGACACCGACAAGGGCUUUUUCCAACAUGUGCAGGAGGAGCCGGACACUGCCAAACAGUUUAACAACCACAUGUCAGUGUAUGCCCAGGGUCGGAUGCGAUGGAUGGACCCCGGCUUUUACCCGGUCCAGGAGCAACUGGUCGAUGGAACCGCGAUCGGCGACCAAGAUGCAUUGCUGGUCGACAUGGGCGGCAGUUUUGGACAUGACCUGUCCGACUUUCGGCGCAAGUGGCCCAAUGCUCCUGGUCGACUCGUUCUGCAGGACCUGCCCGAGGUCGUGUCGUCGGUCAAAGAUCUGCAUCCGUCCAUUGAGGUGACGGCGCACGACUUUUUCACGGAGCAGCCUGUCAAAGGUGCGCGUGCAUACUACAUGCACUCAGUUCUCCACGACUGGCCUGAUGAGCUUUGCCGCAAGAUUCUGACACACAUCACCGCGGCUAUGCGGCCGGGAUACAGCAAAGUGCUGAUCAACGAGAAUGUCAUUCCCGACACGGGUCCGUACUGGGAGACGACGAGCCUGGACUGGAUCAUGAUGAUUUUGGGGGCUUCUGAGCGCAGUGAGCGCCAAUGGCAUGCGCUGCUGGAGUCUGCAGGGCUCCGAAUUGUGAAAAUCUGGACGGCGCAGAAGGGCGUUGAGAGCCUGAUCGAGUGCGAAUUGGCGUAG